AUGCCAUUGGUGGUUCCAGCUGUCGGUCACCGCUGCUGCGGCCGGUGGUUAGCUAGCGGGGAGGAGGGGGUGGUUUCCGGGGGCGGGGAAACUAUAUUAGGGGCGGACAAAGGCGGCGGCGAGGCCGGUCAGCUCGCCGCCCUUUUGAGCAGCCGGGGAUUUAAAGCAAACCUCUCUCUCCUGAGGCGACCCGGGGAGAAGACCUAUACUCAGCGUUGCCGCUUGUUUGUUGGGAAUUUGCCUGCUGAUAUAACAGACGAAGACUUUAAAAGACUGUUCGCCAAAUAUGGGGAGCCAGGAGAGGUUUUUAUCAACAAGGGGAAAGGCUUUGGAUUCAUUAAAUUGGAAUCUAGAGCUCUUGCAGAAAUUGCGAAGGCAGAACUGGAUGAUACCCCCAUGAGGGGUCGCCAGCUUCGUGUUCGGUUUGCCACACAUGCUGCUGCUCUUUCAGUGCGUAAUCUUUCGCCCUAUGUGUCCAACGAGUUGCUGGAGGAAGCUUUUUCCCAGUUUGGUCCAGUGGAAAGAGCUGUUGUGAUUGUAGAUGAUCGAGGUAGAUCAACAGGAAAAGGCAUUGUUGAAUUUGCAUCAAAGCCAGCUGCAAGAAAAGCAUUUGAACGGUGUACUGAAGGAGUGUUUUUGUUGACAACCACUCCUAGGCCAGUUAUUGUGGAACCAUUGGAACAACUGGAUGAUGAAGAUGGUCUUCCAGAAAAGCUUGCUCAGAAGAAUCCGAUGUAUCAAAAAGAGACUCCGCCCCGUUUUGCUCAGCCUGGCAGUUUUGAAUUUGAAUAUUCCCAGAGGUGGAAGUCUUUAGAUGAAAUGGAAAAACAGCAGAGAGAGCAAGUGGCAAAAAACAUGAAAGAUGCCAAGGACAAACUUGAAAGCGAGAUGGAAGAUGCUUAUCACGAGCAUCAGGCAAACCUCUUGCGUCAAGAUCUUAUGAGGCGUCAGGAAGAGCUGAGACGUAUGGAAGAACUCCAUAAUCAAGAAAUGCAGAAACGCAAGGAAAUUCAACUGAGGCAGGAGGAGGAGCGUCGCAGGCGGGAAGAGGAAAUGAUGAUACGUCAGCGGGAGAUGGAAGAACAAAUGAGAAGACAGAGGGAAGAGAAUUAUAGUAGAAUGGGUUACAUGGAUCCAAGGGAGAGAGACAUGAGAAUGGGUGGUGCCACCACAAUGAACAUGGGAGAUCCUUAUGCUUCUGCAGCCCAGAAAUUCCCACCUCUUGGAGGUGGUGGCGGCAUAGGUUAUGAAGCUAAUCCAGGAGUUGGCCAAGCAGCCAUGAGUGGUUCUAUGAUGGGAAGUGACAUGGUGAAGAUGAAAGCUGAGUGAAACCGGAGUGCUCAUCCAUG